AUGCUACCGAGUGUUCCAAUCCACCUGACGCCGGAGUUUCCGUCAUUGAGACACUACGCCAUCGGACAGCGGCGACUGCGGAGGGUUCAACAGCCGCGACCAGAGAACAGAGGGACGCAUGAACGGCAGUCACCACCGUGGCUGAUGGGGCGAACCAGGGAGGAGAUCCAGUGGCCUCGCCAACGAGGGCAGACGACGUGUGAAGUGUGUGGGAAGGCCUGGCAGUACCCGAGCUCUCUGGAGAUCCACCGGCGGGUUCGCACAGGAGAACGCCCCUUCGACUGUCCGGAGUGCGGCAAAGACUUCAAGAUGGCGCAACACCUGAAGCUGCACCAGCAGGUGCACACGGGCGAGAAGCCCUAUGGAUGCCCCACCUGCGGCGAGAGCUUUGCCCGGAUGGCGCGGCUGCGGGAGCACAGGCGGGUGCACAGCAGCGAGCGGCCCUUCACCUGCUCCGACUGCGGAAAAGGCUUCAAGUCGUCGCAGGACCUGAAGGUGCACAGGCGGGUACACACCGGGAAGCGGCCCCACACCUGCAGCGACUGCGGCAAGGACUUCUCCCACUACAGCAACCUGCUGAAGCACCAGCGCGUCCACACCGGCGAGCGUCCCUACACCUGUGUCCAGUGCGGCAAGGGCUUCACCCAGUCACAUCAUCUGCUGGAGCACCAGCGCAUCCACACCGGCGAGCGCCCUUACGCCUGCGCCCAAUGCGGGAAGAGCUUCACCCACGUCACCGGGCAGCUGUCCCACCAGCGCAUCCACACCGGGGAGCGGCGACUGUGGCAAGGGCUUCGCCCGCUCCGAUAGCCUGCUGGAGCACCAGUGCACCCACACCGGCGAGCGCCUCUACAACUGUGCCCUGUGCGGCAAGGGCUUCACCCAGUCACAUCAUCUGCUGAACCACCAGCGCAGCCACACCGGCGAGCGCUCCUACACCUGUGUCCAGUGCAGCAAGGGCUUCACUCGCUCCUCCGGGCUGC